AUGCCUAAAGAGGCAUCUAGCCCCGAGUGCUACACAACAUCGACAUCCAGUAAUGAAAUAAGUGAAAAACCAGGCAUGUGGCGAAACUUCAAAGAUUCAUUCAAACCUCCUGUGCCCAUCGAUGAUAUUGAGAAUGGAUCGAUAUCUUCAACUCAAUUAAAAGGUGGACAGAAUGUUCCAUUACAACAAAGUUUGAAAAAAAGACAACUACAGAUGAUUGCAUUAGGUGGAUGUGUGGGAUCAGGGUUAUUAGUGGCGUCCGGAGCUGCUUUGCGUAACGGUCCAGCAAGUUUGUUAAUUGCUUGGUUCAUCGUUUCUACAUUUUUGUAUUGUACGAUGCAAUGUUUAGCCGAAUUAUCGAGUACUUUCCCUGUGUCGGGAUCCUUUGCAGUCUAUUCUAUAAAGUUUAUUGAUCCAAGUUGGGGUACUGCCAUGGGUUAUAAUUAUGCAUUAUUUUGGGUUGUUGUCAUGCCAUUGGAGUUGGUUGCAAGUUCAAUGACUAUAAAGUUCUGGCCAUCAAAUAUAAAUACAUCUGUUUGGGUGGCAGUCUUCUAUGUUUUGAUUAUUGGUACAAAUUUGUUUGGAGGAACAAGAGCUUUUGGUGAGACAGAGUUUGUUGCAUCUGUUAUAAAGUUGUUAGGAAUUGUUGGUUUCAACAUUUUGGCAAUUGUUUUGAUUUGUGGUGGUGGUGACCAAGGCUAUAUUGGAGGUAAAAACUGGCAUCCUCCAUUCACCACUGGUGUCAAAGGUGUGAUAUCCGUUUUAUUGACAGCAACGUAUUCUUUAGCUGGUACAGAGUUGGUGGGGUUGACAUCUGCUGAAGCCGCUGGUGAUGCUCGAAAAGUUUUACCAAAGGCAAUCAAACAAGUAUUGUGGAGAAUUUUGAUUUUUUACUUGUUGACUUUGACAUUAGUUGGGUUUUUAGUUCCGGCCUCAGACCCACAAUUAAUUGGUGGUGGUAGCGGGGCAUCUGCUUCUCCAUUUGUUAUUGCAAUUAGAGAAGGUGGAAUCAAAGGGUUGCCUUCUGUAUUUAAUGUUGUCGUCUUGGUAGCUUUAUUGGCUAUUGCUAACUCUGCGGUUUACGGAUUUUCAAGAACCAUUUUGGCUUUGGCUGAACAAGGUGUUGCCCCUAGUAUAUUUAAAUACGUUGACAGACAGGGAAGACCACUUGCUGGUAUAGCCACUUCUGCCAUUGUUGGGUUGUUGUCUUUUGUUUCUGCCUCCAAACAGCAAGAACAAGUUUUCGACUGGUUAGUCGCUUUGUCUGGUUUGUCUACCUUCUUCACCUGGGGAAGUAUUAAUGCUGCACAUAUUAGAUUCAGAAUUGCAAUGAAAGUUCAAGGAAGAUCAUUAGAUGAAUUGCCAUACAAGGCAAACACAGGUGUAUUGGGAGCUUACUACGGUUUAAUCAUGAACGUUGCUGUAUUGGCAUUACAAUUUUGGCUCGCAGUGUGGCCAAUUGGAGGUAAACCAGAUGCCACAUACUUUUUUAAACAAUAUUUGGCUGCUGUCUUGGUGCUUGCCGUUUACGUAAUUCACAAAGUUGCUACCAGAAACUGGAAAUUUAUGGUCGAUUACAAGGAUAUGGAUCUUGACUCCGGAAGAAGUGAUAUAGAUAUUGAUAUACUUAAACAAGAGCUCGAAGAAGAAAGAGAAGCUUAUAAGAGACAGCCAUGGUAUUACAAGUUUUAUCAAUUCUGGUGUUAA